GGUUUUCAGAGAUUUGAGAGUGGUUUGAGAGUAGUGUGUCCAUAGGCACUACUUUACAUUGUUUUCUAUUUUGCAGGAUUAAAGAUCUAAUUUACCAAUGGCUGCGUUUGGAGCUAGUAGCACCCCAAAUCUUAUGCCUAUGACUGCCAUGAUGAAAUUGGAUGGGACAAAUUAUCAGAAAUGGAAGAAAACCUUAGUUAUGAAUUUGACCUUCAUGAAAUUGGAUUUGGCUUUGGAGAUAGAUCCACCAGAGAUACCGACUGAUGAGAGUACUGCAGCAGCUAAGAAACUUUAUGAGGAUUGGAAACACUCUAAUAAGUGCUGUAUGAUGAUGAUGGAGAAUUACAUGGAUGAGGCCAUAUAUGCUAGUAUUCCUAAAGUGGAUACUGCAAAGGGACUUCUUGAGGAGAUAGGAAAGAAGUUUAUCAAGUUUGAUAUGAAUGAGAAGCAUCAUUAUUUGGACCUAUUGAACAAUACCAAGUAUGAUGGUAUUAAAGGAGUAAGGGACCAUAUUAUGCUACUUUCUUCUUAUUAUAAUAAGCUGAAGGAUCUUAAGAUGGACAUUGGAGAGGAGUUCUUGACCUAUUCUAUAAUGAGGAGUCUUCCAUCACAGUUUGAUAAUAUAAGGUCGAGUUUGAAUGCUAAGAAAGAAUGUUAUUUACAUCUUUUUAGCCAUAUUAAUAAGUCCAUUCGGAAUAAGGUGGUACUUGGACAUGGAGAAAUGGUUUUUAUAGAAGGCAAAGGAGAUGGCAUCAAUGACAGUGAUAAGUUUUUGAAGUUUUUACAUACUAGAAAUAUGAUGGAUGAUAUUCCUGAAUUUGACUCCUUUGAUGAAAUAUGUCAAAGUUGUCAAGAAGACAAGAUGCAUGCUGAUACCCAGUUUUGA